UGUACUUACGGGUGUAGGGCCCACAAAAUCAGGGCACAGCGUUUUUACUGCAACGCGCCCCCGAGCCGCAUUAUACACCGCGCGCCUUCGCAGCUCUCGAGCCAUCGUACCCUUUUAUUAAAAUUGCCAGCGUCCCGCGACGGCUAACCGUCAGGCGCGAGAAGAAGGUCGGGUCUGUCAGUUAGUCGGCUCUGCGGGGGGUUAAUUUGUUAGUGAGUUUUUCGGUGGGUUAAUCUAUCAGUCAGUCAGUUUUUCGGGGGGUAAGUCUUUCAGUUAGUCGGUUUUCCGAUAGGCCGCUAUGGGCAGGAGUGAGAAGGACAGUGGGCCGUCUGCCGGAAUGACGGAUAACAAAGACGCCUGGGAGUCCGCGGCAAAAUGCCGGAAAAUGGGGACGUCGGGUUCGGGACAGGGUGCUAGCAGUAAGGGCAAGAAGAAAAAGUCCCAGUUCAAAGGAAAGGGUAGUGUUAAAAAACAGAACGACGGUCGAGACUGCGGGGGCGGAAAGUAUAGCGCCUCACUUAGCACAUCAGCGGUCGGAUGGGGUGAUGCAGACAGCCCGCGGAUAACCACAGAAAGAGUCGGAACAUCUAAAAGCUCUGCGGCCAGGGGUGUCAUCCCCGUUAGCUAUCAAACUGACAAGGCAGGGUUUUCAAAUGCCAUCACAGAAAGCCGUACGUACGGCGGGCUACCGGAUCUCUCUUCGCUGAUUUCCUCUAACGACACCCGCCAGCCGAUUACCGGUAUUACUGACGCUCACGAUGACUCGCUAACGGUAGAAACGGCGGGCGACAUAACGAUCCGUUUAAGCCGAGUGCCUCUUCUCCCUCUCUUAAUAAACCCGAAGAUCAAGACCGAAGCUGGGCCUGCGAUUUCGGUCAAAACAGAAGCUGAUUGUGAAGACUUGAAUCACACCACACUGCAUAAUGAAGGAGGUUUUUCUGAAAUGCCUCGGAGUGAAGACAGAAAUGAAAAAAUUAAAAAACCCAUGAAUGCUUUUAUGGUGUGGGCAAAAAAUCACAGACGCGAGUUGGCCAAGGACCACCCAAACGCCAGCAACACAGAAGUCAGUGUACUGCUCGGACUGAAGUGGAACAAGAUGUCCGAGGAGGAGAAGAUGCCUUUUUUUGAGGAGGCUUGGAAGAUAAAAGAGCAGUACCGACAAGAGGUCCCUGGUAGUGAACGGAAUUUGACUUAUCAGCCAAGGCCUGGGAAGAGGAACAUCUACUUUCCUGGUAGGACUAUCUCAACAGCUUCCAGUAAUUCCCAAGAUCCCAAUGAUUCAUCUGUAGCAUGUGGAUCAGGGUCUGCGUACUAUUCUCCAUUUCCCACUGCUUCAACCAGCAAAAGCUCAGCCGUAGAAAACAGUUUUACUGAAGGAUAUGGCAAGAAUUUUAUCCUUCAGGAUUCUAAGAGUGCACAGACCAACAAGUCAGCCACUGUCUUAUUUUACAGUAGAGACCUGCCUUCAACAUUCUGUACUAAGCAGCAUGCACAGACUGAGGCCGGUCGUUACAUGGAUAUAUCUGGGACCCUGUCAUUCCCUCAGGUGGCAGGGCAGACAACACAUGAGCAAGUUCAUAGGAAAGCUAACAGUCAGCCACUUAGCAGUUCUUCCCUGCAGCUGUACAGAGAUCUGUCUUAUAUAAGCAUGCAGCCUUCUUCCAGUAGUCUGCAGUGUAUAUACAAAAUCAAUCCUCAUAUAUACCCUAUAAUGCCACACCCACCCAGAAUGGUUUCCCCUGCUAGCUUACUGGUCUCUCCACCUCUGUUCAUGGCUGCUCCACAGUUCCACUCUGGAGGCUCAUUCUAUUACCCCUACAAUGUGUAUGGAUACCUGGAAUACACUAUCCCAGUGGUCAACCCUCUGAUCUGGGAAUGUGCAGAGAGUAAAGGUGCCAGCAACAGUCAGGGUGUCCCCACCUCAGGAUUACCACCUUUAGCUUCACUUAAUGUUAAUGAGUCUGUCAUGGGUAGUGAUGUAAACUCCUCCUCUCCAGAUGACUCUUUGCAGGUGAUUAAUGUCACCGAUGACGACAAGGAGGUCAAUUUUACAGUUUUAUGAUUUACCAUGUUUAUUUCAAUAAAAUACAAUAUAUUGACGAAAGAAAUAUUUUGAAGGUCAGUUGCCAGAUUUACAACUGGGAUGUAAUUACUCACUGUGAUGGACAGUUAAAAUAAUAAUAAACUGCUUCAUGAAUACA